GCGUGCGCGUGUGCGGGCGGGCGGCCGUGGAGAGGAGGCGGCGGCAGCGGCGGCGGAGGUCCCGCGGCGCCCGGCGAGCUGAGGCAACAUGGCGAGCGACUCCCCGGCUCGCAGCCUGGACGAGAUCGAUCUCUCCGCCCUGCGGGAUCCUGCAGGUAUCUUUGAACUGGUGGAACUAGUUGGCAAUGGAACCUAUGGGCAGGUCUAUAAGGGUCGUCAUGUUAAGACAGGACAGCUUGCUGCUAUUAAGGUUAUGGAUGUCACUGGGGAUGAAGAGGAAGAGAUCAAACAGGAAAUUAACAUGCUAAAGAAAUAUUCUCAUCACCGUAAUAUUGCUACAUAUUAUGGUGCUUUUAUUAAAAAGAACCCACCGGGAAUGGAUGAUCAACUGUGGCUGGUGAUGGAAUUCUGUGGUGCUGGCUCCGUCACUGAUCUGAUCAAGAACACAAAAGGGAACACUUUGAAAGAGGAAUGGAUUGCAUACAUCUGCAGGGAGAUUUUACGGGGUUUGAGUCAUCUACACCAGCACAAAGUAAUUCAUCGAGACAUUAAGGGCCAGAAUGUAUUGCUGACAGAAAAUGCAGAAGUUAAACUAGUGGAUUUUGGUGUCAGUGCUCAGCUUGACAGGACGGUGGGAAGAAGAAACACUUUCAUUGGAACUCCUUAUUGGAUGGCCCCUGAGGUCAUUGCUUGUGAUGAAAAUCCAGAUGCCACUUAUGACUUCAAGAGUGACUUAUGGUCUUUGGGGAUAACAGCCAUAGAGAUGGCAGAAGGCGCUCCUCCUCUUUGCGACAUGCAUCCCAUGAGAGCUCUGUUCCUCAUUCCCAGGAACCCAGCCCCUAGACUGAAAUCAAAGAAGUGGUCUAAGAAAUUCCAGUCAUUCAUUGAAAGCUGCCUCGUGAAGAACCACAGUCAGAGGCCAACAACUGAACAGCUGAUGAAACAUCCAUUCAUCCGAGAUCAGCCUAAUGAAAGGCAGGUUCGCAUCCAGCUCAAGGACCAUAUUGACAGGACUAAAAAGAAGCGUGGAGAGAAAGAUGAGACAGAGUACGAGUACAGUGGAAGUGAAGAGGAAGAAGAAGAAAAUGACUCUGGCGAGCCCAGCUCCAUCCUCAAUCUGCCUGGAGAAUCAACCCUGAGACGGGAUUUCUUGAGGCUUCAACUAGCAAAUAAGGAGCGCUCAGAGGCCUUGCGCCGGCAGCAGCUAGAACAGCAGCAGCGAGAGAAUGAAGAGCACAAGAGGCAACUCCUGGCAGAGCGGCAGAAACGGAUUGAGGAGCAGAAGGAGCAAAGACGAAGGCUGGAGGAGCAACAGAGAAGAGAGAAGGAGAUGAGGAAGCAGCAGGAAAGGGAGCAGAGGCGCCAUUAUGAGGAGCAGAUGCGUCGGGAGGAAGAGAGGCGACGUGCAGAGCAUGAGCAGGAAUACAUCAGACGACAGUUAGAGGAGGAGCAGAGACAGUUAGAGAUCCUGCAGCAGCAGUUAUUGCAGGAGCAAGCUCUACUUCUGGAGUAUAAGCGCAAGCAGUUAGAGGAACAGCGGCAAGCAGAGAGGCUGCAGCGGCAACUUCAGCAAGAGCGAGACUACCUGGUGUCCCUACAGCAACAGCAGCAGCAACAACAGCGACAAGAACAGAGGCCAGGAGAGAAGAAGCCACUGUACCAUUACAAGGAGGGGAUAAAUGCCAGUGAGAAGCCAGCUUGGGCCAAGGAGGUACAACAACGAUCUCUUAAUAACCCGCCUGUUCUUCCAGCUAAGCAGAAUCAUUCUUCUGUUGCCAGACAAUUGGCAUCCUUCAGUCCUGGCAGAGAUGCAGCUUCACAGUUCAACAUUAAGCCGCCUUCUGAUCUUUCCAAGUCACAGCCCUCAGCUACACCAAAUCCACAACACCUGCAAGCAUCAUAUCCUCAGAAACUGAGGCAGUUAGCUACUGCUAAGCAAACACCAGUAUUGCCAGUUAUUACCAUUUCUGAACCAACACCUCAGGUCCAGCAGUACACCCAGAGGGGCAGAGAAGCUGGUCCAGCAUAUUGUCAAGAUAGGCUUGGGCUUCGAAAACAAUCCAGAAAGAAGGGCUUUGUGCUCUCCUUCAAAGGGUCCCGCUCUCAAGGAUGCAGUCCAGUCAGAACAUCCGAACUGGAGGCGAAGUGUGUUUCUUCUCCCAAUAUUUUAAAAGCAAUGCAUUCACAUUUGCCUCGACAGGGGGUAAAAAAGGACUUUAAGGAAGGUAACGGGGACAGGAGAUGGAAGCUUAAACACUCACAUGUGCCUAAAAGUGCAUUGGUUCCCUCAAGAAAAGGCAGCCCACAGGGGCGUGAUAACCUAAACUUAAGCCAGUCCAGCCCAGAGCACCUGUUGAGAAAAAUGAAGUGUCAAGCAUUUAAUCAGAAUCACACUUCUUCCAAGGAAGGUUCACCAGCAUGGCUCCUGACACCUACAGACCGCUUGCAUGCACAAAUACAAAAGAGAAUAGGACGGAGCCUGGAACAACUUCCCCUCGCAUCUCUGGGCUUUUCCCCACAAAGUUCUUAUUUGAAUGUACCCAUAUCGGCUCCUUUAACUUCUGGCUCUCGUUCACCUUCUUUGGACUCUCUCAUAUCUCCCCUUAAUUUCAGUUUAAGUCAGUCUCCCAAAGCUUUCAGUAGCAGUAGCACAUCUUCAGAGAGAACCCUGGGAUCAUUCUCUAACAUUUCUGGUUGUUCUCCCAAGCUUUUACCUCACGUACAUAAUGGCAAAAAGUUUAUAGAUAUGCCUGCGGACAAGACAUUCCUGUCAUCAAGUACUCCUGAUUUGAGAUAUGCUAGGCAACAUAGCCCUGAACCACCUCUGGUAGAGGAACGUUCCCGACUUAACCGGCAGAGCUCCCCUGCCAUGCCUCACAAAGUGGCUAACAGGAUAUCUGAUCCAAACCUGCCUCCUCGUUCAGAGUCGUUUAGCAUUAGUGGGGUACAGCCAGCUCGGACACCACCCAUGCUCAGACCAGUGGAUCCGCAGAUUCCACAUCUGGUCACUGUGAAAUCCCAAGGAAGCUCCUUGUCUGGCUCUCAGUCACUGCAUGAACAGCCUGCAAAGGGGAUGGCUGGGUUUCAGGAGGCUCUGACGGUGACCUCUCACCGCACUGAGAUGCCAAGGCAGAACUCGGACCCCACCUCAGAAAACCCUCCUCUCCCCCCUCGUGUUGAAAAGUUUGACCGAAGUUCUUGGUUACGACAGGAGGAAGACAUUCCACCAAAGGUGCCUCAACGAACAACUUCCAUAUCCCCUGCUCUAGCUAGAAAGAACUCUCCUGGAAAUGGCAGUGCGUUGGGAACUAGACUAGGAUCACAACCGAUCAGAGCAAGCAAUCCGGACCUGAGGAGAACAGAGCCCAUCAUUGAGAGUCCCCUGCAGAGGACCAGCAGUGGCAGCUCCUCAAGUUCCAGCACCCCCAGCUCUCAGCCUAGCUCCCAGGGAGGAUCCCAGCCUGGAUCCCAGGCUGGAUCCAGUGAGCGUAACAGAGUCAGAGGAAACGCCAAGCCUGAGGGGUCACCUGUGCUCUCUCACGAGCCUUCUAAGAUAAAACAGGAAGAUAAUAGGGAUGUGACGCGCCCAAGCCGACCUGCUAGCUAUAAGAAAGCUAUAGAUGAGGACCUGACUGCAUUAGCGAAAGAGUUGAGGGAGCUGCGUAUUGAAGAAACCAAUCGCCCCCUGAAAAAGGUGACUGACUACUCUUCGUCCAGUGAGGAAUCAGAAAGCAGCGAAGAGGAAGAGGAAGAUGGCGAAAAUGAAACGCAGGAUGGGACAGUGCCUGUCAGUGACAUCCCACGGCUUAUACCAACAGGAAUUCCUGGAAGCAAUGAGCCAUACAACAUGGGAAUGGUGGCAACCCAUGGUCUGGAAACAUCCCACACAGAUACAUUUAGCAAUAUUUCAAGGGAAGGAACUUUAAUGGUAAGGGAGACCUCUGGUGAAAAAAAGCGCUCUGGCCACACAGCCAGCAAUGGCUUUGCAGGCCACAUCAAUCUCCCUGAUCUGGUGCAGCAAAGCCACUCACCUGCAGGCACACCGACCGAGGCCCUGGGGCGAGUCUCCACGCAUGCUCAAGACAUGGACUCGGUGGCGGAAUAUGGCAUGGGAAGUAGCACCAAAGCCUCUUUCACGCCAUUUGUGGAUACCAGAGUUUACCAGACCUCCCCUACUGAUGAAGAUGAAGAUGAGGAUGAAGAGUCCUCUGCUACUGCACUGUUUACCAGUGAGCUGCUCCGACAAGAACAGGCCAAGCUGAACGAGGCAAGAAAAAUCUCUGUGGUAAAUGUGAACCCAACAAAUAUCCGUCCCCACAGCGACACACCAGAGAUCCGGAAGUACAAGAAGCGCUUCAAUUCAGAAAUACUCUGUGCUGCUUUAUGGGGUGUAAACCUAUUAGUGGGUACAGAAAAUGGUCUGAUGCUAUUGGAUCGAAGUGGACAAGGGAAGGUCUACAACCUAAUCAACAGGAGGCGAUUUCAGCAGAUGGAUGUACUAGAAGGACUUAAUGUCCUUGUAACAAUAUCUGGAAAAAAGAACAAACUGCGAGUUUACUACCUUUCAUGGUUAAGAAAUAGGAUUUUACACAAUGACCCUGAAGUAGAAAAGAAGCAAGGCUGGAUCACUGUGGGAGACUUGGAAGGCUGCAUACACUAUAAAGUUGUGAAAUAUGAAAGAAUCAAGUUCUUGGUGAUUGCCUUAAAGAAUGCUGUAGAGAUAUAUGCCUGGGCUCCUAAACCAUAUCACAAGUUUAUGGCAUUUAAGUCUUUUGCAGAUCUCCAGCACAAACCGUUGCUUGUUGAUCUCACAGUGGAGGAGGGUCAAAGAUUAAAGGUUAUCUUUGGAUCACACACUGGUUUCCACGUGAUCGAUGUAGAUUCGGGGAACUCUUACGAUAUCUAUAUUCCAUCUCAUAUUCAGGGCAAUAUUACUCCUCACGCCAUCGUCAUCCUGCCUAAAACAGAUGGGAUGGAGAUGCUUGUGUGCUAUGAGGAUGAAGGGGUGUAUGUGAACACCUAUGGACGAAUAACUAAAGAUGUGGUGCUCCAGUGGGGAGAAAUGCCAACUUCUGUGGCCUACAUUCAUUCCAAUCAAAUCAUGGGCUGGGGAGAGAAAGCUAUUGAGAUCCGUUCAGUGGAGACAGGACAUUUGGAUGGAGUAUUUAUGCACAAACGAGCCCAAAGGUUAAAGUUUCUAUGUGAGAGGAAUGAUAAGGUAUUUUUUGCAUCGGUGAGAUCUGGAGGAAGUAGCCAAGUUUUUUUCAUGACCCUCAACAGAAAUUCCAUGAUGAACUGGUAACAGAAGAGCACUUGGCACUUAUCUUCAUGGCAUUAUUUCUAGUUUAAAGGACAUUAAACAUGUGGACUAACACUCUAGAGGCAGAUGUGGAAGGCCUCGUGGAUCACACCGUCCCCUACACACUCUUACACAAUACAGAACACCUUCAUCGUUGCAGUCCGGUGAUAGAGAGAGAGAAGAUUUACUGGAGAUCCCAAGAAUGCAACACUGUGUUUGGUCAGAAAUGGACAUAUUGCACUUGGAACUAGGGAAAUGAACCUCUUAAGGUCUCCUGAUUAGGCUGUGUUAUAGUGGGUUAUGAUUUUUUUUUUCUUUUUUUUCUUUGUCCCCAUGCUUUGUAAGAAUGGGGAAGGAAAUGGUGUCAAAAAGUCUGUUUUUAAUUCUGUCUGCCUGCUAGCAUCAAAUAUAUAGUAUGUUGUAAAGUUACCAAUUAAAACUGGUGAGAGACAGCACAAUAAAUGUACCUUUUAUCUUUGUGAUGAAGGCCAUAACCGUAUAGCUGGGUAAUUUUAGAAAUCUUUUGCCUUCACCAACAUUUACAUGUUGCUUUUGGCAGCAACAGCUUAACAGAUUUUUAAAGAAGAAAAAAUACUAGUUUUUUCCCCUCUUUUGGGAAAUGGAUUUUAAAUGGCUAAGCUACUAGCCUUAGACUAAUAAAAUCAACUACCAUUUUUGUCAGUCUGUCAGUCCAUAUUUCUAUAUGGAACUUCACAUAAUGGUGUGUGUUGAUAGGGACAGUAGUGCCAUUUGUUGUUACUCCGGAAGACAGUGGGAGGGAGUAUUCAUGUAUCUUCCCCUGUGCUACGUUGUGCAAGAGGGUAGGGCAAAAGACUGGAGUGGAACAUGAGGCUGUGGGACGGGAAUGGUGACCAAACUUUAUGGAGGGAUGGAGAGAGCCAUUGGGAUGACAGGGCUUCUAACUUCAGAUCCAGUCACACCAAGGUCUUAAGUAGGUACGGUCAGCUGCAUGGUCAGAUCUGCCGUGAAAGUAGGCUCCCGUGAGAGGCUGAGUUUUCAAGACUCCCACUGAUCUCAAAAGGAGUGGAGUGUGUUUAGCUCUUUGAAAGAUUUGUUUUUUGUGAAAAGAUGGCUUCUGUUGACCUUGUUGCACGAGCCCUUUCUCCAGAUUCCAACACUGAGAUGGACAAGUCAGAAACUUCUGAGAGGCCUGCGUCCCCUUAGUGCAGGGAAAAGAGGGAAUGAGCUAGUAACCCAAUUUGAGGAGGUGUAUUACUGGAAAUGGACUGUGAAGAACUUAAAGACUAGAGUUUCUUUGGCCAAGAUUCUGAAAUCGCUUUCUGCCCCAUCCACUCCCUAUGAAUUACCCAACAUACAGUGAAAGAUAACAUCUGUGCAGAAAUGUGUGUGUAUUUAGUUCAGGUUGAAUUGUGUCCUUAUAAUCUCUGCUCAAUUGAUUUAAAUUUUAAGUGAGUAUCUGGGAUUAUUUUCUCAAUAGCUGCAAGCAUGGCCGCCUGUGGUAUUAGGGUGUUGCAUAACGAGAUCUGUGUUGCUGUUUUUAACCUACCUCGUUUUGUGUUUUUCAUUUAGCUGUUCAUCACAGCACUGUUGCCUCCAGGGACAUAUAGAGAACUCAGUUGGCAAUCUCCAGUGUAUUUAAUAAUAAGGAAUUAAAAAAAAAAAAAAGUCAACAGUAAUUGGCCAAAUUUUAAUCCUUCAUUAAUUGCGGGGGGGCAGAAAUCUGUCACUGAGCCAGUCUCUGCUGUACAAUAACAGACUACACAAAACCAUUAUUGUACUGGUGGGUACCAGUUUUGUUUAAAGUCAUUUUAAAUGGUCAGUGAACAAAAUAAAAACCUAAAACCCAAAACAAACAGAGGUUGAGAACCCCUCCACCCCCCGGUCCCUUUCCUAGGGUUUGGGACCCCUGUGAAAUAAUGCAGGGAGCACAUUACUGGAGUUCCAGUUAGCACACCACAAAACUCCAGUAUGCAUGGAAAGAUAUAUAGAUAUCUAUCUCUAUAUAUAGAUAUAGGUAGAUAUAUAUAUAAGGAAAUUCAUGAGACGCAGAUUUGUGCACAUAUAAAUAAUAGGAGAAUGUGAGCACCCUGUUCAUAGGGGUGGUUGUUCAAGUGAAAUAAAAAAAACCAAACGGAUUCACACGUGAAAUAGUUUACUUGAUGACAUAGAUAUGGGGAAAUAAAAAAUAAGAAGAAAAAUAAAGAUAUGAAUGAAAAGAAGAAAUAAAAUAAGAGUAAAACAUUUUUAAAAUAUUGGGAGAAAAAACUCAAAUUUAAAAAAAUGUGUAAAAUACGUGUAAAAAUGAAAUUAAUGUAAGUAAUGAAAUGACAAUUAAAUUACCUAAAUUAAUUAAAUGGCACCACACAAUCAUCUGCACUUAUUGGCUUGCUGUGUGCUAUAGGCACCCCCUGCUGUAAUAUAGCAUGAAGAGAUCAGCGGGGUGGAUCAUUAUGUGGUGCCCUCUGCAGUAAUUUACUGUGAAUAGUGGAUGGAGCAUUUCAUGAGAUUAAGAGCAAUGACAUCUACAGUGACAGAGAAAAUAAAAUCCACCGUUUCAAUUCGGGGGGCACAGAAUGCAACCCUGAAGGAUUAAACCCCCGUCACGUGUACAAGCGCCCAAUAAGAUAAUUCUUAAAACUUUUAGCAAUGUGGCUUUCUAGGUUAGGAAAGCCGGUCCAUGUUUUACGGUUUCACUUCUGAAGCUCUGACGCAGAGUCGCAAAGGAGCUUUCUUAGAGAAAAGAAAAAAAUAAUAAUUUCAAAAAAAUAAUUCAUAGACCUUUAUCUCAAUUCAAUGUGCCAUCCAGUGCUGUUGGUUUAAUGGAUGCAUCUUCCGCAUGAAGGACCUGUGCAAGGGUAAUCACUUCGGUGCCUCAGACUCAGUCAGUGGUGAUGCCCUGGUCCAUUGUCCGCAGUUUCUGAUAUCACUGCUGUUCCACCUGUGGCAGGAUUGGUCAGAGGCCUCAUUGAGACGGGCACUAAGCAGUCUGUUGGUACCAUCUUGUGCUGCUUUGCUCAUGACUGCCCAGCUCUGUGUGCGCUGCUAGCACACUGUCUGUAAUUGCAGUUCUCAGUGAGCCCACAGAGAAUUUUUUUCUGAAAACGGUGAAUUGCUGGGAAUUUUGCAGAGCACAUUUCAGCAGGUGUCUCCAAGCAGCAAUUGUGUUUUGCUGAACAGCUCAGUUUAGGCUUGUUCCUAAAGGGGCUCCAGAACAACUCUGCUAAGGCUUCAGUCUACCAGCCCCAGCAGAGCACUGGGGGCACUUAAAGUGUCCUUAAUUACAGAGCAGGUAAAUAACUCAGGCAUGCUAUACUUUCAAACUAAAGCUGCCCUUGAAUGGUCAGAAAAAAGACCUACCUCUUACUAUCUCUUCAGCCCUGCUCUCACUGCCAUCUAGACACCACUUGUGCUUCUUUCUGCAGCAGUGGAUACACAGUAGUACAACAAUAUGUGAAAUUCCAGUGUAACAAAUUUAGCAAUAACCAGGCUUAUUAAAUUUAGCGACUACUGUAAUAGAUACUGGAAUUAAAUCGGAGCGAGAAUGAAUCUCAUCAUUGACAGUGAUUGCCACCAGCUCUCUAUAUUUUCACUGUGGUUACCUUAAACCAGAAUCUUCUUAUUUAAAUUAUGUUGCAAACUGAUAACUUUUUUUUUUUUUCCUUGAAGUGACGAGUUCAGAAUACACAGCUUUAAAUGAUUUUUUUAUUGUGGGUUUUUGGGUACAGUUAUGAAAUAAAAGGGAAUCAUUGUGUUUAAACAUAAGGUAGUUUGUGAAUGUAUUUUUUAAAACCAUACAGUCAUUGAAACAAAAUCAUGAGAAACCAAUAUUAAUGCAGUCUUGUUUACAGCAUAUGUACAUGAACAUAACCUAGAUCAAAAGCGUUUCUGGUGCCAACUACAAUAAAACACAAAACUUCAACAUGAA